UGAUUUGCAGUCGUUUAUGUGACAAUGGAAGACACCCAGGAACAUUUCAUGGAGCAGGAAGAAUUCGACGGCAGCAACAAACCAUCAUCAUCGCCCUACACUUCCCCCUUUCGCUCCACUCGACUGCACAUCCAGAGAAGUAAUGUCUGCUCUCGGGCUUAUUUCGUUGUGGUUAUGGUCUUCUUCCAUGUGUACAUCCUGAAUGUUAUCGCCCUGCUACUCUACGUGCACUACAACAACGGACCCGGUGAUCUUGUCAGUGGAGACGGGGCCUCAGCAUCACUCAGCGAGAACGGAAGCCCUCUGCCUCCUCCGGCUCCAGCUUCAGGAGAGCUCCAUGUGGAGGACUACAGGGAAAGUUUCAGUCUCCCUCGCAUUGAGGGGAUACGGGUAUUGAAACCUCUGCUGUUUGAGAUCCCUGGCUUCCUGUCAGAGGAGGAGUGCCGCGUGGUGGUGCAGCUAGCUCAGCUCAAGGGUCUAAUGGAGACCAAGACAAGUGCAGCCAGCCAGGGGCAAGAGGAGUCAUACCAGCCUGUACUGUCUCUCAGCGCAGAGGAGGUCUUCAGUCUGUUGGACCUGAACCAGGACGGCCUGCUGCAGAGGCAGGAGAUUGUGAGUCACUCACAUUCUCGAGAUGGAACUUGGUUGAGCCCAGACAACUUGCGGCAGAUACUCACUGGUCUGGAAGCCUGCCCAACAGGGAUGUUGACUUUGGAGAACUUUAGGCGGGUUUAUGAUGUGUCCCAACACCCAGGAAAACAGCGAACUGGGAUGCUCUGGAGUCAGUUCAAGCAGAGGAGUAAACAUACAUGGCUUUACCAAGGCCUAGGAUCCCACUAUGUGUUAAACACGCUCAGGACCAGAGUAAUCAGCCUGACACGUCUGCCCUCCUCACUGGUUGAGCUGAGUGAGCCGCUGCAGGUGAUUCGCUAUGAACACGGAGACUUCAGUAACGCCCACUAUGAUAGCAGCCCUUCUCAUCCAGACACUAGCUGUGCGCACACACGACUGGCAGCGAACACAUCUGCUCUCACAGAGGUCUCUUGCAGGUAUCUUACCGUGUUAUUCUACCUCAGCUCUGUAGAGGAAGGUGGGGAGACCAGCUUUCCUGUGGCAGACAAUCGCACCUAUGAAGAGCAGGCCCUGGUCCAGGAUGGGGUUGAUUUGACAGACACCCAGGAAACAUGUGACAGGGGGAACCUGAGAAUAAAACCUACUGUUGGGACAGCUCUCCUCUGGUACAACCACCUCUCUGAUGGCAGAGGUUGGAUGGGUGAGCUUGACGAGUAUUCCCUGCAUGGUGACUGCCCUGUCGGGCACAGGGUGAAGUGGGUGGCCAACAACUGGGUAAAUGUGGAUCCAGACCACCAGAUACAGGCCCACUACCAGAGACUAGUUACUCAGCGGCAUCGAGCUAAGUCGAACAUGGAGGAGCAUUACCAGCCCCUCUCUCAUAGUGACCUCCACCAGGAUCUAUAGCCAGGCCUUUCUAAUGACAAAGUGACAUAAUUUUAAAACUGAGUCAGUUUCGCAUCUUUGAAGUCAGUGAGGCCUGACAGACCUUUCCACAGUGUCAGAGGCUGCUGUAACGAAAAUUGCACAAAAUAGCAUUCCAGGUCCUUCCAGUAAAUCUGUCUUGCAGUAUACGGUAUAGCUCUCAAAUCACUUCUUGGAAGUCUACAAUUACUUAAUAUAGGAGUCAAGGUCAUUGGUAAAGUUUUAUUUUAAUAUAGAUAUUAAUAUUGGUGGGCAGAUGCAUUGUUUUCCUCACAAUUCAUUCACAAUGCAUACCUAAUAAAUAUGUACAGUAUACUGUAUGUGUUUAACAAAGUAGAUGCCAUUCAUGCCUUAAAGAAAAAAAUCACUUAUUCAGAAUAACAAAUGUCUGUGAAGAGAGUAAUGUGAGUGAGAAGAGAUGCAGUGAUUGCUAAGAGAGAAGUCUGCUUACCUGCUUUACAUUUUGGUUUACUAGGAAUCUGCCUCUUGUUACAGGUCUGUUUUUUUUUGUUUGUUUGUUUGUUUUUUGUUAGAGAAUUAAAGCUUUUGUGUUUUAAGCCAUAUCACAAUAUUCAUCUGUGAGUGGUGUUCCAGAUGGAUUUUUUUCUGAUGUCAUUUAUGAGUUUAGUUUCUAGAUUUGAUGAGCUUUUAAUGUGAAGUGCUAAUGAAUGGGUUUGUCACACCUACUGCAAAUGCACCACUGUUCUACACUGGACAGUAUGAUCUCUGUGAGAGGUCAGUCCUUCAGGUGUGGUUCAAACGCAGGUCUGCGAUAUUCCAAAUUUUGUGUUUAUUGUCCUCACAACUCAAAAAAUUGUCUAAGAGUAUUUAUUUAUUUGAGUGUUAUUUAUUACCACCAGUUGUAAGUUGACUGAAUGCAUAUUUAUUACAGCUUGAUGUUGCACUGAAUUUGUCACUGUAUUUGUUUUAUGUUAUGAAAUAUAUAAGGCUAUGUUUUAUUAGUUGUGUUGUGCUAUCAUUCAUUCAGCCCUGUUGAUACAAACUAUGUUCACUAGAUGUCACCAAAAUCCAAAUGCAUAGCUAAAAUCUUUGUGAGCUGUUCAGAAACUGGUGUAAUUGUGGUCUCAUUUACAACUGCUAGACAAGCAACCUGUCAACACCCGUUUUCAGUGCAUUAGAUUCAGUCAUAUUUAGAUUAGAUUUUGUCAGGGGGGCCUAUGCCAGAGCCUCCGUAUGAGGAGACAGUUAGUAUUUAUUGUUUGGAAAUAAUAGUACGCAGCUAAAAUUCAAAUUGCAAAAACAAUCACAGGCUCAAAAUGACCACACAGUUACAAAAUUACCACAGAGAUGCAAAACCAUCCUAGAGACCCAAAAACAACUAC